AUGAAUAUUACGAAAAGAUUGUUUAGUAGUGUAGCUAGGGUAUCUCAAAGAGAACCUAGAUCUGCUGUGAAGUUACAUUUCCAAAAAAAGGAAGAAUCGACUAAUUUUAAAAAAAGUUUCCCCGUAUAUGAAAAGAAGAAACCUUGGGAUGUACAGGGCAUCACUAAAGAUGAAUUUUUUGGACAAAAAUAUGCCAAAAUGAGUACACAACGUAGAGAUAACUUUAAUGAAAAAGUUGCAAGACAAAGACGUCAUCGUGAUGAAAGAAGAGAAUCAGAUCGAGAAUAUUAUAGCAAAAAAACUGUACAUUAUCAAGAAAGACUUACAGUUCCAAAGAAUCCAUUAAGUGAAUAUAUCUAUGGAACUCAUGCCGUGUUAUCUGCAUUAGUUGCUAAUAAGAGAGCUCUGUUCAAUACAUUAUAUCUUCAACAUAAUAGGAAGGAAGCACCUCCUGGAAUUUUAAAGCUUGCCAAACAAUACAAUUUAUCUAUUCAAGAUAAUGUACCGAAGGGGACAUUAAAUGGAUUAACUGGGUUUGGGGUACAUAACGGGGUUGUAUUGGAGUCUAAACCACUUGAAUUCCCGUUAAUUUCUACUUUAGGACCUUGUAAUGGACAAGAUGGUACUUAUAAAUUGGCAUCUAUAGAUGAAUUAUAUAAUUCUGUACAAGAAUUAUCUAAAGAAGUUGUUAAAAGUAAAUCAACAAAUCAAACUAAUCAAGUUGAAACUGAAAUUGAAACUCCAAGAUUCCCUCUUGGAAUUUAUCUUGAUGGAGUAACUGAUCCACAAAAUGUUGGAGCCAUUAUUAGAUCAGCAUAUUUUAUGGGAGUUGAUUUUGUGGUAGUUCCAGAUUCUGAAAGUGCUAAAUUAGGACCUGUUUGUAACAAGGCCUCUGCCGGUGCACUUGAUAUGCUUAGUGUCUACAAAACAAACUCAUCCUUGAAGUUCAUUGAAAGCAGUAAGAAAAAUGGAUGGGUUGUGAUUUCAACUACGGGGAAAUUAAAUAAAUCUGAAGAGAAAUCCUUAUUAAGUAAGCAUUCUGAACUUGAACUGUUAGAUGAUAUGAUAAUCCAUGCAAAUGAAUUGAAUAAUAUUUGUCAAGAAGCUCCUGUGUUAUUGGUUAUGGGAAGUGAAGGAUUAGGUGUUAGAACCAAUUUGUUCACUCGUUCUGAUUAUUUGGUUGGACUUGAACAAGGUAGGGAAGAUGGCAGUGGAAUUGUUGAUUCCUUGAAUGCAAGUGUUGCUACAGCCUUGUUAAUUUCAAAAUGUUUAGGUUAG